AUGUCCUCAUUUUCGGACAAUCACCAACCUUCAUCUUCACAAUAUCUACCACCUCAGUCGGCUCAAGUACGAGGCUCGCUAUUUGGCGGACCUAGCAGUGAUGCGGAGCCUCCACCCUCUUCACUACCGGAGCCAAACCGAAGGUCCAUCUUUGGUGGCUUCAGCUCCCAGGAUGUGGAUGAGAAGCCGGAGAAGCAGCUUGAACCUAUCCAAGAAGGCCCAGAACAAGAAGAAGAUGAAUUUGACAUGAUCCUUCGAGAAAGGCCAUUGGAAGCUUAUUACGGUUCAGAUGGUGACAGCUUCCGAGGGAGCAGCGAUGAAGACAGUAAAAAGGCUAAAAAGGCCUUGAAAAAGACCCAGAAUUCUGGAACGAGGGUACCCCAACCUGCUGAAGUUGUUGCACCACAGCCAACUUAUAUACUUCAUCGAGGGGUUGAUCUCCCGCCUGGAGUCGAACGUCCAAACCGAUGGCAAGGAUGGCCAUAUCACUAUCGAUAUGCCAUUGCGAACGAGGUUAGUGUUCUCGAUUCACUGAUGACAACUCGGGCCAGAGAUCUUGCUGGUCAUUUGUACGACUCUUUUGCCUCACGUCAGCAACGCAAUCAAAUCCAGGGCGAGUUUGGGAAUGCGGAGGACUCAAACGAUGAGGAAAUCACGACCGUCCCCAAAAAAUGGAUAUCAUGGCCCAUGCCCGCUGAUUCUGUUCCACGUGAGGACGAACCUAUCCGUUCUCGGUUGGAUGGACUCGACAACUAUCGACUGCAACCUGAUAUGCGCCCCAGUGCUGAGCUCGAGGAGUGGAUCAUGGCAGCGAUCAUGAAAACAGCCAAGGAAAGGUUUCUUGCCCGUGAGUGGGAAGGCGUUAAUCUCGAAUCAAUUAAGAAGGAGGAAUCGCCAGAUCCCGAUGCGAUGGUAGUGGACGGCCACGAAGAAGAUGAGGAUCCUAAAUGGAAUUUACCCGAGCGACCUUUCCGCGAGCCGGUCGUUCAGACUGAUGACGACUUAUCUCGCAGCCAACUGCGGCCUCUUUCACGCACUGUCAUCUCGCAAUUAGAUCAAAUAUUAAUGGGACUCCACCAAGCUCUGAAGCAUCGGGCGAAUCACCAUUACUCCAGUGAUGAAUCGGCAACCGAAGAUGAAGAUGAAGAAUCAGUGCCGCCAGAAAAGGAGAAAGGUCGCAAGCAGUACGAAUCACGCGGUCGUAAACGCAAUCGCGAAACCAAAAAGCCUGAAACAUCAUCGCCCGAUCGCGCCCGGAGCUCUAGAUCAUCCUCGGACACUGAUAUCGAAGCCAAUGACACGCUUGAAAAUACCGAAUUGACGGAGGACGCCCACGGCAGGGUACCACUGGCACUUUCGGAACGACUUCCUCUGCGGGAUUGGAGCGAGGUCAUGGGAAUCGCCGCAAUUAUGGGGCUACCUUCCAACGCCGUUCAACGUGCUUCUAAACGAUGUGCCGAUAUAUUCGAACAAGAUAUGACUUUCCGAAAAUUUCGGGAAGGACGAAUGGUGAAGACAAAGAGACAUCGUUUACCCGGCGGUCAAAAUUCACAGCAAUUUGUCUAUGCCGAGAGUGAGAGUGAGAAUGAAAGUGAAAGCGGCUUUGAUGAACGACGCCCACGUGUUCGUGGAACGGCAAGAUUCCCGAAAAGAGUCGCAGAUAAUGUACCAGAAGGUACCUCGAGGGGCACGGAGAGUGUGUCUAGGCACAGUUCAAAGGCUCGGGAAGAGGCUACGCCCAAAAGGUCUCGCUCGCCUUCUACUGCAAGGUCAACUCCUCUAUCUGUUUCCCAGUCUUAUGGUAAAAAUCCAAACCGGGAAUCGAUUUACUUCUGUCCUGUUGAAGGUUGCAGACGCAGCAACAAUGGAUUCAACCGGCUUUGGAACUACAAAUUACACAUGAAGAGGAUCCAUGCCCAGCAGUGCGAUCAGCCUUCAAAGCUGAAGAAGCCAGCCAUCAGUUUGGACCAUUUUAUCCAACGGCAGCGUGUUCUGGCAUUAUGGCGCGAGAUUGUUCGAGCUCUGCAUAAGAUUCCUCCUUCUUCUACUCGUGACGAGCUGCAUUCAUAUGCUAGAGGUGAAUUCGAGCGACAUCGCGAGGUUACAGAUGUGCCACAUAUAAGAUAUCUCCUAUCGACCGGGAAAUCGGAAUUUGACAUGAUGAGACGCUAUAUUGAUGAGCAAGUCGCUGGCUGA